GUGUGAAAUCUCUCAUCUUUGCACAGUGGGAUCCGGCCAGCCUUUGCUUUAGCCUGCAGCCACGGACUUAAUUGCUUAGAUCUGCGGAAUGCAGGACUAUUUAGACCCACGUUUACUCCCCAUUAUUUUGCACCAGUCCUCGUCCCCUCGGCCGCCGAAUCACUCAUCCCUUACCCACUGAGAAGGGCCACCAUGUCAUAUCAGGUCAGCCGAAUCAGCAGCAGUGAUGAUACAACUGUUGAUCGUGGCAAGCGGCCUGAAGCUCAACAUCAGCACGUUCAUGUUCAUCAUCACAACGAGCCGACCGCUGAGGACCUGCAACGUGUCUUGACUCCUGGUGGGCACUGGAUUGACUAUUCGCAGACUCCCCUUCCUCCAGCACACCGAAAGCACGGAAAUCCGGCCCCACUUGGCCUGCUGUCUUUCGGGACUGGGUUCUUCAUGGCCAGCGCCUUCACACUGAAUGUGCGCGGAGUCCAUGUCCCAAAUAUGGUCGUUCCAGUCCUCAUUUUCUUUGGUGGAAUUAUGCAACUCGGUGUUGGUCUAUGGGAGAUGUUUACGGGGAGUACAUUUGGUGCCACCGUCUUUUCCGCUUAUGGGAGUUUCAACCUGACUUACGCUGGGAUCUUCUUGCCGGCUCUUGGAGUUAUUGACGCAUACGUUGGGCCUGAUGGAAAAAUCGAUGACCAGUUCGAUCAAGCUGUUGCAAUUUAUCUCUUCGCUUGGAUGAUGGUUUCACUUGUCUUCCUUGUGGGAGCCCUUAGAACCAAUGCUGCCAUCAUCUCAACCCUUGUAUGCGCCUCAGUCGCAUUCUGCUUCUUCGCUAUUCACUCUAUGAACGCGAGUAAUGGUGCGCGUAUUGCGGGCAGUGCAUUCGGUAUUGGUGCAGCGGCAUGCGCUUGGUGGGCAGCUCUUAGCGGCUUCUGGACGAGAGACUCUACCUUCACCUGGGUUCGUGUUAAUCCAAUCGACCUCUCUCGCAAGGAUUAAACUACGCGCGUUCGUGAACCUACAUUACUCUACGUCCUCAU